AGACUGUGAUUACUUCCCAUAUCGGCCAUUUUCUUUCCGGGACGUGACUGACCGGUAUGAUUAAUUGAAUAAAGUUAAGUUUGACAGAGUUCCACCAUCAAAGCAUUUUUAGUACCAGACGACAGCCAAAGAAUCAAACAUGGCGAAUCGCCUACCAGCCUGUGUUAUUGACACAGGUACCGGGUAUACAAAGAUGGGUUAUGCAGGUAAUUCAGAACCACAGUUUAUUAUACCGUCUGCUAUAGGUAUAAAAGAAACAGCUAGUGUUGGAGACAAAGCCAUUAAGCGACUAGGAAAGGGUGUAGAAGAUUUAGAUUUUUAUAUCGGAGAUGAAGCUUUAAACGCCACAUCAUACGCUGUUAAGUGGCCAAUACGUCAUGGUAUUAUAGAAGAUUGGGAUUUAAUGGAGAGGUUUUAUGAACAAUGUAUAUUUAAGUAUUUGAGAUCAGAACCUGAGGAUCAUUAUUUUUUACUGACUGAACCUCCGUUAAAUACACCAGAGAAUCGUGAAUAUACAGCAGAAAUAAUGUUUGAAUCAUUUAAUGUACCUGGUUUAUAUAUAGCUGUACAGGCUGUGUUAGCGUUAGCUGCAUCAUGGACAGCGAAACAAGUAGGGGAGAGAACGUUGACAGGAACGGUGAUAGAUUCAGGUGAUGGUGUAACUCAUGUCAUACCAGUUGCUGAAGGUUAUGUUAUCGGAAGUUGUAUUAAACACAUUCCAAUUGCUGGACGAGAUAUCACAUAUUUUAUACAACAAUUAUUGAGAGAAAGAGAAGUUGGUAUUCCACCAGAACAAUCAUUAGAAACAGCUAAAGCUAUUAAGGAACAUUUUUGUUACGUUUGUCCUGAUAUUUAUAAAGAAUUCACAAAAUAUGACCAGGAUCCUGGCAAAUGGAUAAAAAAAUAUGAAAGCAAAAAUGCUGUCACUAAGCAAAGUUAUUCAGUAGAUGUUGGCUACGAAAGAUUUUUGGGACCAGAAAUUUUCUUCCACCCUGAGUUUUCAAAUCCAGAUUUUACAACACCUAUAUCUGAAGUUGUAGAUGAAGUUAUUCAGAAUUGUCCAAUAGAUGUUAGACGUGGUUUAUAUAAGAAUGUAGUUUUAUCUGGUGGUUCAACAAUGUUUAAAGAUUUUGGUAGAAAGAUGCAGAGAGAUAUUAAACGUAUAGUUGAUAAUAGACUGAAGAUAUCUGAGGAUAUUAGUGGUGGAAGAAUCAAGCCGAAACCAAUAGAUUGUAAUGUAAUAUCCCAUUCAAUGCAGAGAUAUGCUGUCUGGUUCGGAGGCAGUAUGUUAGCUUCAACGCCUGAGUUUUACCAAGUUUGCCAUACAAAGGCUGAUUACGAUGAACAUGGACCUAGUAUAUGUAGACACAAUCCUGUAUUUGGUGCUAUGACAUAAAUAUAUACAUUCAUAUAUAUAUAUAUAUAUAUAUAACAUAAAUACUUGGAAGAUUUUAUUAUCAACUUUAAAGACAAGCUAUUCUACCAAACCACGGUAAACAAUCCCCUAAUCUACUUUAUAAUCUGUACCUCCUGGUGGUGACGAAGUGAUUUUAUCUGUUCUAGUUAGAUUAUGGCAUUCAGGUUUGAUCUGGAUUAGUAUUUCAGUUUACCUUCAGAUUGCAUCAAGAUUAGUGUUUUGAGUUAGGGUCUGAUCUGAGAUUACUGUUCGAUUUUGGAUUAGGGUAUGGCAUGGGAUUAGGCCCCCCCCCACCCCCAUGGAAUUUCGGUGUGACCUGGAAUUAGGGUUUAGAAUAGGUUUUAGUCUGUUAUUGCUGUUUGUUUCAUUGAGUCAUCAGCAUUAAUAAAAUCAAUUAUUAAAUUCCUGCUUUAGACUUAAUAAAGCCUGUAAUGACUGGAGUGGAGUACCAUAUUAUUAUAAAACAGGGUAAGGAAUUGUUUACUGUGGUAUGUGAAAUCAAAUGAUUUAAAUGAAGAAAUAUUCUCCUCGAUGCAUCUUCCACAAAUGUUUUAAACAGUGGUUAACAAAAGAAAGAAUCGUGUGGAGGCUAUGGUAGGACGGUGAUGGGGACAUUUUCAUAAAUUGAACAAAUAUUUAUACAAUUACUGUAAUAACAAAACUAUUGGUGUUUUUAGUGAUUGCUAAUCACCCUAUGGUAGUCUCUAUGCAUUUUGGAAUAACUGUGAUUUGUUCAAGAUCAAAGAUUAAAAUUAUUUCUUGAAAAGGAAUUUAUCCUGAAAUUAAUAUUAUUAAAAUAUAAAAUAAAUUCAGUAUUUCUCAUAGAUUGAUUAACAAAUAACAUAUGUAAUAUUCUGUCAGAUGAAUUGCCAUGAGUCUUUCUUCUCAGAUACUAGAAACUACUUAAAAUUAGUGUAAUGUUAGUUAAAAUAAGUCGUGGAGAAAAGCAUGUGGUUCAUUAAUUGUGUGGCAAAGUCAAAUUCAUACUGUUUCGGGAACCCUUAAUAUCCAACAAUUGUUAAUAAAACUGUAAAUUGUACAUUUUGAAAUUUUAAGGAUUCUUCAUUUUUAUACGCAACCUGUUUUGUUACAAUGUACUUGUUAAAUAUGCGUUUAUUUGUAUGGCAUAUUCCAGUGUUGUUGUUUUUUUUAGCAAUAUUUAACUAUCAUGACAGUUGGUUACUUGGAAUAUAGUCCUAUUUAUUAUUCUAGAUUAAUUAGUUUGCUUGCUUCAUGGGCCACAUAAUAGUUUAGUUAAAAUUUGAAUUAUGAAUUAGCUUCUUAAUGAAUAGUUUUUAAAUCAAAAACAUUAGAUGUACUGAAAGGAUUAUGGAGAAGGCUUGUAAGCUAGAAAUAGCUAUUAAAAUCAAAUGUCGAUGAUUGGGGUGGGGGCUUGGUAGAGAAAUAACUAUUUCAUUUACGUUGUAUUAAGACAUAUUUGGCAUGCGUAAUGGGGAGUAGGUUUAAUUUGACUUCCUCUUACCAAGAUUUUGAAACAUGAGUUUCUUCCCCUUGCUGAGUAUCAUAUAUGGACUAACAAGUUGACUAACAAUGUUAAAAGAGUAAAAACCCUUCACAAGCGUUGGAGAAUUAAUUAUAGUAUAUCAACGCGGUAAAAAAAUAAAACCUUCCAACUUUUCAAAUAUGGUUCUAAUGUGAUAAGUUGGACUGGAAAAAAAGACAGAAUUAAAUGUUUAUAAUAAGUUAGGAAUAAUUAUAAUGAAUAUAUAUUUUGUUUGAAUGCUAUUUAUGAUGUAUAUUACCAAUUAAUUUCAUUGAUAAAAAAAACUAUAUAUUUAUUAGCACUUGAACACCAUGUCUUGGUUUGUUGUAGUCAGUUUAUCUUGCCAGCAUCCAAGAUGUUUUAUAUGGGAGACAACUCUGGUGUAUCUAAGAGUUAAAAAAUCUCAAUUUGUAGAGAAAAAAAAAAAAAAUAAUAAUACCUUUUUAAUUUUAAUAAAAGAAAGUUAUCGCUGUAUAAUCAAGUCCCAACACAAGAUUUUUGUACCCUACAGAGAGAGAGAAAUGGGGUUUAACUUCCACUCGACACAAACUAGGUCAUUUCGGGACUAACAUAUGGGUUAAUUUUAUUUCAAUAAUUAGCUUGCACGCAGUGGGAGGAAACCGGAUGACCUUGUGAAAACACAGGAGGUUGGACAGGCGACCUUACUCACUGUCACGUACAAUCGGGGAUUCGAAACCAUGCCAGUUGACUCAAUGACAGGCCUUAUGAUACAGCACGCACGUGCUAACCAUUCGGCCAUCCAACCCCCCUUGUACCCUACAUCCCAAACUUAAUUAUUUGUUAAAUCCGAAAAAUUCUGUUAUAUUUUUAAAAAGCCAUAUUUACAAUUAUAUAAACUUAAUUAUGUUUAAAAUCCGCCUAUUUUUUAAAAUACAAGAUAAAGGUAAAAUCCAAAUUUCAAAUGACACCGCAAAUUUAACAACAGUGGAUUUUAAUAUGUAAUGUAUUAUAAAUCAAACACUAAAAUGUGACAUAAUCAUUUAAUUUGUCUGGAAAAUUUCAAAAAACAAUAUUGGGAUGGUUGGAAAUUAUUGCACGAUUUGCUUACGGCUUACCAGAGUUACCUAAUUGAUUUUGGCAAGUAUACAUAAAUGGUUAUCCAGGAACUAUUAUAACCUGGUAUUAUGGCCAACUCCACUCAGGACUUGGAUUAGUGUUAGUUAUAGUCCUUUAUUCUAAAUUAACCAGUUUUAUUUAAUACGUUUAAAUACUAUGUAUAAUACGUUUUAGCUAUCACCAAUGAAAAGCUUAGGUUAAGUUCUGGUAAAUAAGGCCCGCCCGGCUUUAAGGAUUUGAUAAGUUUUAACACCAAUUGCUAAUUGAAUAAUUUAGACCAGGGUAUAAAUGACCAUGGUGAUAAAUAAGUAAAUAUUAUUCACCUCCAUUUUGUAUAUAAUUAGUCAAGCAGACAUUCAGUUGACAAUGGUGUUGGUUUUUGUUUUUACUUGACAUAAAGGAACAUUUGAGUUAAAGCUGUUUAAGUAAAGGUGUUCGGGUUAGUAGUCUAACCAGUGUUUGGGUGAUAUGGGCACUUCCCCUGAAAUGCCCUUCUUGGAUCACCAAGUGACUGUGGAGAAGAAAAUGGAUAUCAAUUGUUUUAGAAAGACUAAAGCAUACCCAACCCCAUGCACUGUUAAAGUGGAUUGUAGUACGAAAGGAAAUCGGUCACUAUUAAAUAUUAUUCUAGACCACCAGAUAGAAUGUGUCAUGUAUUACUCAUUUUGUGUAUGGAUUGAAUCUACCCAAUCAAGCGAUCAGAUUUAAAACACAGAUGUUUCGUUUGUUUAUAGUUCGAAAUUUCGUUUCACUUGUCUUCACUACGGCUAGGUCUAUUUUUUAAGGCCAACUCAAUUUUCGUCAAGGUUGCUGAAACGUAAUUGUUGGCGAGAUUGUAAGUUAGGUUAAUCGUUAUGGCUAGGUCCAAGGUUAGGGUUGGGAUUAGCGCUAGCACUGAUUACAUCUCAUGACCUUUGACCUAACUUGAAGUUGGCCUAAUCAAAUAGAACUAACCCUACACUACACUAAUCGAGGCCAUCGAAAGUGUAAAUAACGAAACGAAAUAUAGAUCUGUACUUUAAUCAGAUUCCCCAAACCAGUUUUAUCUCUAAUUAUAGUUUGGUUGAGUCGAGUGAAUUUACACUUACUAAUAGAGCUGUAAGCAGGGUUUAAUACAUUUAUAUAUAAUUCAGAAACUUGUCAAAUUGUGCAUACACAUUAUUAUUAUUAAUAUUAUUAUUUAGUUCCAAAAUCUUGUAUAUUACCAUACUGCUUAUAUGAUAUAAAAUUUUGUAUUAAAAAC